GCAAAAGUUCAUUUCCUUCCCGUCAUCCCUCUCACCCUGACUCAGAGUUACUGAACGAACUCGAGCUCGAACUCAGAUUACCUAAAUGGCGUUCACGUUGAGGAGUGUGAAAGUACCACUGAACUCAGCGAGUUUGGAAGAAGCAAGGGGCCGAGUCUUCGAUUUCUUCAGAAAAGCUUGUCGAUCGAUCCCCACUAUUAUGGAUAUCUAUAACCUAGACGACGUCGUCACCAAAUCUCAGCUUCGUUCCAUCAUCGCCUCUGAGAUCCGUAAGAACACCCAUGUUACUAAUCCCAAGGUAAUUGAUUUGCUGCUGUUUAAGGGUAUGGAAGAGCUGAACAACAUCGUCGAACAUGCAAAACAACGGCACCACAUUAUCGGGCAGUAUGUGUUGGGCCGUCAAGGGCUUGCUCAGGAUUUGGACACCAAAGACGAAGGCACGUCCGAUUUCCUCAAGAAUUUCUAUAAAAGCAACUACUUUUAAACAUUAUGUUUUCAUGGACAGCUCCUAGGCAAUCGAGUCUUUGACUUCCUUGAUAAUAAAAUUUUCAAUCCGUACCUUCGAUUCGGUACAUUCCACCGAUUUUGAUCGUGUUGGUUUU